AUGAGUCAGGCCCUGGUGUUUAAUAACAGCGAUGUUCCAAAGGAAGAGUUGUUAAAUAACGGAGAAAAGUUUGUUCUUGGACUGUAUGGAAUGGAUAGGUUCUCGAGCCUUAAUGAAGCUCGAUACUUCAAAUUCAAUCUGAUGACGAAAAAAGCUAACUUAAGAACAAAUUUUGAUCUAGCCAGACUACCCCCGACAACAGAAGCUUGCCAGCAACAUAUACUGAGAGUGUACCUCCAAGAAGAGAAACAAGAGGUUUUUAAGAUACACAACCAGAGUGGCGGUAAUGACAAGUUUAUGGUCAAGAUACUUAUUGAAGGUAAACCUGUGCGGAUGGAGUUAGAUACUGGAGCAGCAAUAAGUAUUCUACCAUACUCUACCUUCAAAAGUCUCAACAUAAAUAAAAAGAUUUUCCACACAAACAUAGAACUAAGGACAUACUCAAGCGAAAUAAUCAAACCCCGGGGUGUCGUCUUUGUAGAAUGCACUUACAAUGAUCAGGUGUUUGUUGGGAAACUCUACAUAGUGAACCAAAAUUUCGAUGCAAUUUUCGGAAGAGAAUGGAUUAGAGAGGUCAAACUGGAUUGGGCAGAACUUAAAACAGUUAGUAACAAUACUACAUCUACUGCACUCGAAGAUCUUUUGGAUGAAUUCAAGGAAUUAUUUGAACCAGGAGUAGGACUCAUACCUCACAAAAAAGCACACUUACAGCUUGUUGAAGGGGCAAGACCUAUUUUUGUGAAGGCUCGUCCAGUCCCAUAUGCACUAACUGAAAAAGUAGAACUCGAGUUGAAUCGUCUGAAAGAAGCUGGAAUCAUUUCCAAAACAGACAAGUCCGAUUGGGGUACUCCAAUUGUACCUGUAGUAAAGCCAAAUGGUAACAUACGAAUAUGCGCUGAUUACAAGGUUACAGUAAAUAAACAAAUCAAAGAAGAACAUCAUCCAAUACCUCGGAUCGAAGACAUUUUUGCUCAAAUGAAUGGAGGACAGUUGUUCUGUACUUUGGAUUUAAGUAACGCUUAUCUCCACUUGGAAAUGGAUGCUGAGAGUGCAGAAAUUCAAACUUUGAGCACUCAUAAAGGACAAUACAUAGUUAACAGAUUGAUGUUUGGUGUAAAAGUUGCUCCAGGAGUUUGGCAAAAGGUGAUGGACGGAAUCCUUCAAGACCUUCAAGGUGUUCAGUGCUUCUUCGACGAUAUAAUAAUUCAAGGAACGUCAUCAAAAGAACUACUAGAAAGACUAAAGCAAGUGUUUGAGCGUUUAAGAAGUCAAAAUUUGAAGUUGAACCGUGACAAGUGCAAAUUUUUCAAAGAAAAUUGA